CAGUGAUCGUGACAAUCCGCAGUGCCAACUAGUGUUAGUCAAGUUAAACUAAGAUGUCAGGGGCCAGAACCCAGCUGGCAGACUCAUCUACCUCUCCGCCUCUUACGGCGUUUGAUAUGUACAGCGAAUGCCGUCGCGUGGACUACCCGGGGCUGAAGUUCUCGUACGGGGACGGCUCGGAUGACGAGGGUGCUUCGCUGGCGGCCGAGCUGCCGUCGUGCGUGUACGCAGCCGCCCGGGGAAGACUGCAGCUGCCUCUGGCGGCGUACGUGCAUCAACACAGCCGGCAGCUGCAUACAGAAGCGCUGCUGGAAGCGAACGCCGAGCCGGAGUACCAAUGCGGGGGCUCCCCGUACCGCGUGCAGCGAGCCGCGGCCAACGUGCGCGAGCGCCGCCGCAUGCUGAGCAGUAUAAACUCGGCGUUCGAUGAGCUGCGGGUGCACGUGCCAACGUUCCCCUACGAAAAGCGGCUCAGCAAGAUCGACACGCUGCGUCUAGCCAUCGCCUACAUCGCCCUGCUCAGGGAGGUGUUAGACGCGGACUACGACCCACUGACGUAUGUGGAAAAAUGCCUCCGUGGGGAGAUAAAAGCUGACCGUGCGCACUGGAAUACUAGUGAUCUGACAGCUCGCUUGUCCUGGAUCAACUGGGAGAACCUGGGGGUGAACCCGCAACGCCGCAGCGUGCUCACGUCUCUCGCAUUGAGUUCAGACAACCUGCAGUUUGCGCACAACUAGGCGCAACACGCCUACACUCGACCACUCAGACCUCAGCGUAACGUAGUUUAAGAAGGAAUAUUUUUUCACAGUACGCCAUAUACCGACAUUACACAGCGAAUAGUUAGACUUCCAUAGAUCGUAAGUACUUAUAUGCCUACGCGAUUAAACUAGUGUUUUACAGUGCUUUAGAGCUCAUAUACACAAUAGGAGUGUUAUCAUAAUUGUUUUUAAAGGAUGAUGGCUCUGGUGAUAGCUGUAUUAAUUGAUGAAUAGAAUCGACAUACAAGGAGAAUCUACACAAUAAUUAAGAAGCCUGGAGAUCCUGGAAUAUGUCCAGUUAAUCAUAUAUGCUGGAUGCCUGUCACUUCCAACUGGUCAGGAGAAAGGUCCGUGUUCAUCAGUGAACGUCCCAUCAUGGCUGAAAUGAUAAUGGUGACGAGGUAAUCAUUGAAUUUAUGCUUGAGUGAGGCCGCGAGGGACAUUGAAUUUUGCUAGAGUAGGAGCUGCGUUUGGGCAUCAGAUUUUUGACAAUCAAAAACAAUGCUCGUGCAGGAAACUGCCAUAGUGUUUGAAUGCUUACAAUUUUUAAAUUUAAAAUGUAUCUGAGUAGUUUGCAAAUGUAUCUGAGUUUAGGUAUAUGAUUACUCAUAUUAACUAAGAAUAAACAAAAUUAACUAAGAGUACAAGGUGCUAGAAAGAGUACACAAAUGCGAAAUCCAUAUCAAUCGACAUCUAUCCCUUCUUUCACCUUAACACAAAUAGUUUAUUACAUUUAGUUACUUAAUGCACAGAGAACGGCACAUCAAGGUAAACUGAGGCACAUCAUACAGUUGUAAUACGAACGAUUUCUGAACAUUUAUGUAGUAGUACAACCUGAUAGUUAACUACGCACCUUUCGGCCGUUUGGUGUAGUGGUUCAGAACGGACUACUAUGCCGAGAGG